UCUAUAUCAACCGUCCGAUCCCCGAUCCACGGGCUGCCUCAGAGCUGGGAAGGGGAACUUCCGGAGGGGCAAUGGAGUUAUCCACUCCCAUCGGGAGCUCACUUGCUACGCCGGCGGCCAUGGCCCUCGUCAGGCCCAACCCGAAGAUAACAAAUCAUACAUGUGUCAGGGGGAUGCGACUUCAAUGUCAAUUUUCUCAUAGACUACGAUCUGUAGCCUCUUUGAUGGUGUUAAACACGCAACCUUCACAAGGAAUCAACCGGAAAGAUUGUGGUUUGCUACAGGCAGCAUCUUCAGUACAGCGUACAGAAAACCUGACACAGUCAUCAGUAUCUUUCAAAGACUUCUGUGUUUCAGUGUGUACUGAAGAGGGUGGUCUGAUAAAGAUAAAAGUAAAUGUAUCCGGUACAAUGACAGAUUCUAUCUUUGAGAAAGUUUUGACAAAGAAGGUUGCUGCUGCACAACCCCUUCCUGGCUUUCGACAAAUGAAAGGAGGGAAAACUCCAGAUGUACCGAAAGAAGUAGCUCUACACUUGAUUGGUCCAUCAAAAGUGAAGAAAGAAACCAUCAAGAAAAUUAUAAAUUGCACCGUUGCUGAGUAUGUUCAAAAGGAGGGCCUGACUGCAUCGAAGAAUCUGAAAGUUGAGCAAAGCUAUGAAGAGCUUGAAGCAGCAUUUGAACCGGGAAAAGAAUUUUGCUUUGACGCCAUGGUUCAAAUUACAAUAAGCUGAUGCAUCAAGGGUAGUGCUACCUAGGGAUGACCUCUGCCACUGCAAGGCGACACCUGAACCUCCGCUGAUCACCAGCCGCUUUCACCAUUACAACCUUAUAGAUAGUUGUUAAGAAAUGCUUUCAGGUGAAGCAAAAGUAGGCAAGAUAUCAUUUUUUGUCUGGUAGAUAUCUUGUCAUUUAUAUGCAUGGCAGGAGGACAUGUUCUCAUAUUUCUUAUGUAAUAAUGUUCUCAUUUAUACCAUGAAUCAAUACAACUAAUUGAGAAGAAAAAGAUUUAUAACAAAAUAAUCAAUUUUCGUUUUGCAUGACCA